AAUUACUUGGAAAUCUAUUAUUUUGGAAGAUACCUCUUUAGUUAUUACGAAAGUAACCAAUUCAUCAGCUUCUCCCGAUGGCCCGGCAAAUAUCCCAUGGCUUCAAACUCAAACAACCUCCACUCAAGGAAAUGGAAGCUUUUCGAAUAUUACUUUUGUUCUUCGAAUUAAUACCAAAGGUGGAGUUGCUCCUUCAGAGGAUAAAUGUAAGUAA